AUGUUCAGGACAGCCACAAGAGUGAAAUCUGAUGUCCAGGAGCGGAUCGAUGCAGUUAACCUAGCGCAGCGGAUCGCAACCUCUAAUGGUUACAUUGCUGAUUGGCCACUUCUUAUUGCGCAGCGAGAUUUAUGCCAUGAUGAUUCCAAAAAGAUCAAUUUCUGCUUACGUUUCAUAACCGACGACCUGAGUAAAGCGAUAAGGGCCAGUCUGGUUAGGUGUGGUCUCGAUGACCAAGUGAGAAAUGUGGAAAUACCUCCCACACAUCUCAAGAAGCAGUUAGUGCGAAACAGAAUGUACGAUCGCAUUUGUAUGAGUCAAAACUGCGUAAUAUGUUCAUUUGGUAAGGCAGGCGACUGCAUGUUCUCUGGUGUAGUCUAUUUGAUUUCCUGCAAAACAUGCAGCGGAGAAUAUUUUGGCGAAAAAGGGCGGCCUCUUUGUGUUCGUAUUAAAGAACACCUAGAUGGGAUGAAACAUUCAAACGCAGCAAUCCCUCUCGGAACCCAUCGCAGAAAAUGUCAUGGAAAUGCUCCUUUCUGCAUAGCUGCCACGAUCCUACCGUACGAACCCGAAAUUGUAGCUUGCAGAACAUUGGAGGCGUUUUGGAUUAACGCUAAAAGUUCAGAAAUGAAUAGAAAGGAAGAAUGCAUAGUCGUGACCAACGAGCUGGCUCUGUAUCAAGACCUUUGCGGGUUUUGA